AUGGCUGCGCGGAUUUCAAGGCGUCUGCUAGAUGCAGCCACUCCUUUGCCAACCGCGCCUGCAGGGACAGGCGUGGUUUUCCACAGCCGAAUGAUGCCCGUCAAGUACGCGCUCAACGGGCCGAAGUGGAUUGCUGUCGUCGGUUCGGCAUUGGUGGGAGUCUUCUCCGGCCACUUCUUCUACAAAAAAUGCAUCCUGAACAAGAAUCCUCCCAAUCCUCCGCGCGACCCGAAUGAGAAGCCACCCGCACGCCACCCUCACGCUCCUGCGGAUGAUUGA